UCGUUGCUUUUCCCACUACGAGUCUCUCCCAAGUAGCGGUGAAUCCCCAUUCUCCGGAGAGCGGCGGCGAGACCCUUCUCCGGCACUACCGCUGCUUCCGGCAACGUCCAGCUUGCCGGCUUACGCGAUGCAAUCUGACUCUCACGACGGCCGUUCCGCCACCCUGGAUUCCUCUCCCCCAAGCAGAUGUGUCUCCAAAUCUUGGCUUGCCUUCUCAUCUGAUCCGCACUACCGCCAGAAGCUCCCAAGAACUCCUGUCCGUCUCCUCUACCAAAAAGAUAAGUUCAGAUCCUAGAUUGGGGAUGUCCACAUGUGUACUACCUGAUGAGCUGGUAGUAGACAUCCUGUCUCGACUGCCGCUAAAGUCCUUGUGCCGCAUCAAAUGUGUCUGCAAGUCUUGGCUUGCCCUCUCAUCUCAUCCAUACUAUCGGCAAAAGCUCCCAAGAACUCCCGCUGGCCUCUUGUACCAGAAAUUUGAGCGUGGCAGAGUUGCCUCCCCUCUUGGCAGUGCCAUCCAUCUCGCCAGACUGCCCUCAGGUGACAAGGAAAUUGACACAACACUUAGCUUUGUGCCAUGUUAUAAGUACCCAAUACAGCUUCGGGGUUGCUGCAAUGGCCUACUUCUUUGUUAUCAGAAAAUUAGAAGUGAAGAAAUUUCCAAUGCUAUUGUGUGCAAUCCAGCAACUCAAGAGUGGAUGGCACUUCCAGAUACUGAACCUGGCCCGGCCCGCUCCAAUAUUGCAUUUGAGUUGUGUUUCGAUCCAUUAUGGUCUGAACACUUCUAUGUCUUCAAAUUCCAGUCUAUCGAGGUCAUGAGCUGUAUCAACACUGAAGUUAAGGUAUUUUUCUCUAAGGAUUCCACAUGGUCUAGCUGUCUUUGGAAAACUAGAGAUCCAUUUGAAGGUGAUUCUCUCUUUGUAAAUGGGGUGUUGUAUCUGAAGCACUUCAUCUUGAAUAAAAUCCUGGCGCUAGACGCACCUGACAGAUGUACACAAGGGCUCAACCAUAGGUUCAUUCAGCUGCCAGGAUAUCCAGAUAGGACGGACAUAUUUUGCUGUUAUAACGGCCGUCUUAGCCAGUCCUCAGGCGUCUUGUGCUAUGCGAAACAAGAAUUAGAUGGCUGUGCGAUACGGAUUUGGAGUUUGGAAGGCCCCGACAGGUGGGUAGUGAAGCAUCGUCUGAGUAUGGUCGAUGUAUUUGGGAGGGACAUGUUACUCCGCACUCACAGUGAUGGAUAUUGGCAUUUCGAUUAUGACAUCAGGACUGUUAACCUGGAGAGGGAGCUGGUUAUCCUUGAUGACGAAAUUGCUGAUAAGAUCAUCUCGGUUAGCAUCAGCACUGGAAAAGGCUCACAGUUUCAAAAGAUUCCAAGAAGAUUCACUAAACUAUAUCUCAGUCUAUUCUAUGUGCCGUACUAUGGCAAGUUUCCAGCUUUGGCCGGUUAAAGGUGUGAGGAUGAAUUAUGUUAUGCUGUACCUAUUAUGCUAUCAGCUCUGUAGUUAGUAAGCAUCUUUUGUGCAUUAGGUGCACCAAACUGCUGUUAUGUGAUGUACUAGAUUGUUGGCUAUGUGUGCCAUUCGUGUGAAUGGUAUGUAGUACUUGCCUUAUCGGCCGAUCAACUACUAUCGAGCUUAUGCUCGCUUAAUUUGGAAAUCUACAGAGUAAGUACUAGUGGUGUA